UAGGGUUCUGCACUGUUUGAAAUCGAGGGGUCACAAUGUUCUCCUAGUAGAGCUGCCACCUGAUGAAAAGUGUCUUUUUAGUGUUGACUCUCUACUUAAGAAUUCACGAUUUUUGGGUGGAGGAAAGCCUAGAGCCAAAAAAGAGUUAACUCCUGAAGAGAUGCGGCCUCUGUAUGACUCGGAGGAGGAGGAGGAGGAGGAUGGUAGUUAUGAUGUUAGCGAUCUCUCCAACCAGAAAAUGUUAGAUUUCUCAGAGCGUAUCAAACACGUCAAAGGGCCUAGGACAGUCGUCUUCUGGGACGCCAUUGAUUGCCCAUUCCCUCUUUGUUUCUCUCCUGAACAGAUCUUCCAGAAAAUCAAAUCAGUUCUUAUGAAAAAAGGUACGAAUGAUAAUAUUACAAUCUGGGCUUAUGUCGAUGAACGGUCUUGGAGGGAUAAGUGUCUGGGUAACAAGACUUGGGAUUCAAGAAUCUACUUUCUUCCCGCAGGGGAUAGACGUGUCAGAAUGUUAAACGACAUGUAUCUACAGUGUAGAGACGCUCCUCUGCACCAUUGUCCAGGACUUUUGAUCCUAGUCUCGAAUCAUUUCUCAGGUGACCCCUUCUACAUGGAGUUGUUUGAGGACAUGCAGCACAAAAAUUACCAUCCUUUCUUGAUAACUCCGAGGGAGCACAGCAACAUAUCAGAAAGCCCUGAUGAAUGGCCACAGUCUCUAUUUGCUCGCAAAAGCUCACAAGGGCCUCUUCCCAAAAAGCCUAAACUGGAUGCUGCUUAAAGUAGCACAUGCCCAGGGCUGAUGAUACUCUGGUUAUUAUGAUGUUGGAUCUUGCUUGCUUCACAAGAUCUAUUGUUGCAUCCUGAUAUUUAUAUCAAAAACUCUUGUUCUUAUUUUGGGUUUACGCUUUUGUUUA